UUCCAUGUUGCACCUGCUGUAUUGGAGGGAAAGUGAGUACUAGGUCAGAGGAAGGCUGACGUCACGUAUAAGGAACUUGGCAGGCAUAAAUAGCUGAGAGACAGCAAUGAAAAGGGGAGAGAGAAAUGAAAUAGAGAAGACGAAGAUAGUGAGUGAGAGGGAGAGAUAAGGACAAAGUGCUGGAAACAAAAAAAGGUAUGCAAGGUGUACAUCGUUAAAGGGACAGCACGAGAAAACAGGCUGAGAUAAGGGUUGGCCAGGAGACUGGGAGCAUUUGCCAAGAACUACAACAGCCAGCCAGCCAGCCAGCCAUGCUUGGAAUUCUGCUACUUGUAGCGACGGUGAGCACCUGGGGGUUACCGGUGACUGGGUACACUGUCGGUUGCGUUCCCCGCAGACUGUGUGUGGAUAAGGACGCACUGCAGGAGCUGGCUCAGAGCGUGGCACACAACAUUAGUUCAUCACAUGACCGGAGAAUCCUUCUCAAGAUGAAGCAAUUUAGGAAAAUAACACGAUGGCCAAAACUUCACGGUUGUGUUAUGAUCCGGGUGGCCGACUUCUAUGACCAUGUUCUCCGGAGGAAGCUGGGCAUGACAGAGAACGAUCAUGUCGGCGACCGCAGGGGUCCAUUUGUGGAUCUAAUGGGGCUUAUGCAACACCUGGACGACUGUGUCCGUGUGGAUGAGAUGAAGUGUCAAGGAUUGAAUGCUAAAGCUGAGAAGAUGCCAUUGAUUGAGACACCACCUGUCAAAAAAAUGCAGCCAAGAGAAUGGGCAAUCCUACAGAUUCAGCAGCUUAAUCAAGCCAUGAAAAAUAUCAGUGAUGCGGAGACCUUAAGCAAGGCGAUUGAUGAGCUGAAGGUUCUCCAUAACUACAUCAAAGGAAGUGGCGUCCGCAACUGGUCAAAGGAGUGAAGAGAUGGAGGCCAUAAGUCAUUUUAUCUCCCACAUUUAUUAGGACAGGUGUUGCUACAGUAUGCUACAGAUUUCUCUAUUAUUUCGUGCCUGUACUUACCAGGGAAGUGCAGAUACCUGUGUUUUAGUGAGUAGCUCUUAAGGCACACCCCCAUUCACAUUCCGUCAAAUGGUGGAUGCUCGGCACACUGUGUGGUUGUAGAGACACACACCAAAACCUCUCACAGCACUGGUAGAUUCUUGAACCACUCCUAGCCUUCACUAGAAGGGACUUUCACUCUCUGGCUUUGUAUGCUCUUGUUUAUACUGGACUAUGAAUGAAAACACUGAUGACUGCCACUUGGUCAUUAGCAGGGGUUAGCUGCCCCUUAUACAGCCUGCCAGACUUUGCUUUCUGUCAAUCUUAGCUUUUCUCUAGCAUACAAAACUGGGAAAUCUGUUACAGCUCCAUAUGGGCACACACAGUUUAUCAAAACGAAUUAUGCUCUUUGUUCCAGUGAAGUUCUCACUGGGCCUGCUAUCGUACCUGUUAGCCUCUGUUUUAGCUGUGGCUUGUUUGUUUGUUUAUUUAAUGUAGAACAUGAAAUGGAUGAAAUCAUUUUCAUGUAACUCUUGUACUUUCGGUGAAAGACUGUGAUUUCUUGCAGAUGCAGGUAUUAUUGUAUGAAGUCAAUUGUAAUUAAUAUUUUGUCAAAAAUAUGAUGCAUUGUGAAUACAUGAGCACACUGAAUUUAUAAUGCAAACAUUUCAUGAAAAGACAGGUCUUUACCUUUACAGAACAUAACACACACACACACACCACAAUACUGUUGACAUAAUGCACAGACUGAAUGUAUUUUUUUAAGUGUGUUUGUGCCAGUCUUUCAUUUGCUUUCAAAUAAAAAAGA